AUGCCAGAGGCGCCUAUAGUUCUGAAACAAGCAAACUCGCGCCCAGAUGAGAUCAGCACAGAUUUUGAAAACGAAUCAGUUACUGAUGAUAUGCGACUUCCGAAGAACCUCUCUCAGAAAAGGCCUCGCCCACUUAAAGAUAUUCUUUUUGUUAAUGGAGAUGACAAAAACAAAUAUCUUUACUGGAAUACGUCGCAAAUUGAAGAAAAUUGGAGCACCUUUGAAUUUCAAAAGCAAGAAAUGCGUAAAGUUGAUGGAAAACUCAGUAAAAUUUGUCUGGAAGUCGAGGUCGUCUUUCUCUCAUCUGACUUCGAGCUAGUAAUUCAAUCUUUUUGGGCGAAUGUUCCAAAGGAGAUCCAUGAAAAUCGCGAGCUCAGCUACGAUUUAAUGAAGAUUUACCCAGAAUCUCACGAGAUGUGCGACGAAGUUAAAAGACAACACAUUUUCGAAGAAGAAUGUAAGAAUCAACAGCCCGCGAGUGAAUGCAAGGCAAAGAAUGAACGAAAGAUAAAGAAAUCGUUGAGAUGUGUACCAAACAGCGUUCUUUUGCCAAAUACUCCGCGUUGGGUGAAAGUUCAGAAGUUGUAUGGAUGGAAACCCUCAAGUUCGCUGACAAUUUCGGUCCAUGCCGCCAAGGGCACAGUCGUUGGGAUGGACGAUUGGCUUUUCACGGAGUGCAAAAGACCUGCUAAUGCUGAGAACGACUCAAAAGUAGAAGUUAAUUCGGAGAAGUCGAAACCAACUGCUACAACUCCUAGCCCGAGCCCAUCAGCAUCAGUGCGUCCAAAAACUAAAAAGCAAACAACCACAACUACAACGACGACGACGACGACGAAGACAACUCGAAACAAAACGCCGCCGCCGAAAAAAUCAGCACCAACAAAACCAGCUUGGAGGCCGGUGAAAUCAACAUCGACGCCAAAUAAAAGCCCUUAUCCUACAAUUAACCAGUUCUACAACGCGCAAGCAGGUGAAGAAUUAGCAAAGUCGUCAACAACAUCGACAACGAAAGCGCCACCAACGCGACCUCAAGCGACUAAACGACAGGCAACAACGUCGACUAAUUUUGCACAGACCCCCUGGUCAGGUGCCUGGAACUCGAACGAAUUCUCACCUUGGCCGACAUCGAAAGCUAGUGAGGCUCCACGAGUUUAUCAUCCUCCUUCCCUGCAAGAAAUUCUCCACCAAUCGCCAAGAAAUAUUAUCCAGCCGAUUCCGAGUUCGGAAACACCGCCGGACAGUGACUCCCAAAUAAUGGAGCCAGAAGAAUCGGAAGUUAUAGAAGAGAAAAAGAGUUCUAAAGCAUUGGCUAUUUGGAUGGUCAUCAUUGGAAUCAUUAUCACGUUGAUCUGCAUGCUUUACUGUUGUUAUAAAUUCGAUAUCUUCAAUGAAAGAGGAAAGUAA